AACAGUGUUAAAACGCUCUUACAAACAUAUGAUCGCUACACAGUGCUAUUGUGAAUAAAACUCGGUCCAAGUCGGAGAGGUUUGGCGGUUUUUGGUCUGGCACACGCCGUUAGUGAAGCCACGUGACUGCUCUCUGCGACAGAAUGUAGUGUAAGCUCUCGUGAAAGCACCAGCUGAUGCUACACCUUUUCAGCACCGCGGACAGCUCCGUUCUGCAGACCAAGCAGAUGGCGGCGCUUAUAAAAAGCCCGCAUGAAGCGACUCUGCACCGGAGAUCCAGCGCGUCAGUACGAGCUACAACAUGGAUAACAGAUUCAGCUUUCCCAACAGAAUGCAUAAAGAUGAGUAUUUGCAAUACACAUCGGCACGCCCGGCAUUAGAUACCAGUGUCACCUCCACGAGCAUGAGUCUGAGGUUUAAAGAGAAGGAUUUGAUGCAUGGCUUGAACGAUCGUCUCGCAGGAUUCAUUGAAAAGGUGCACCAGCUGGAGCACCAGAAUCAUCAGCUGGAGAGGGAGAUCGAGGAGAUCAGGGGGAAAAUAAAACCUGCAUCCUGUCUGGAGGAGGAGUACGGACCAGAGGUCAGGAACCUGAGACAGCUGGUUAAGGAUAUAACCCAUCAGAAGCAUCAAAUUGAAAUUGAGCAUCAGAAUUUAGACGAGGAAGUGUCUAUGUUGAAAAGGCAACAUGAACAGGAGGAGCGUGGCAGAUCAGAGGCCGAGAGAAGUAUUGUGCUCCUCAAAAAGGACAUCAAUGACGCGUAUCAGGCGAAGCUGCACCUGGACAAGAAGGCGCAGGCUCUCGUGGACGAAAUCCACUUCCUGAAGAGCAACCACGAGACCGAGGUGUCAGCGAUGAAUGAUCAAAUCCAGAACGCGCAGGUGAGCGUCAAAGCGCAUGGAUUUGGCGACCCUGGCAUCACUGCAGCACUUAGGGACAUCAGGGCACAGCUGGAAGGUCAUUCCGUGUCCGACCUCCAGCAGGUAGGAGAAGCUUUCAGAUCUCAGUUUGCUAAACUAACAGAGGAAGCCGAGAGCAAGAGGGAGGCGUUAAAGGUGACCCAGAAGGAGAUCCAGGAGUAUAGGAAGCGCCUGCAGGCCAAGCACAUCGAGCUGGACUGCGCUAAAGGAACCAGGGAGGCGCUGGAGAAGCAGCUGCAUGACGUGGAGGAUCGCCACAAGGAAGAGAUGAUUCAUUACCAGAACACAAUCAAGGAACUUGAAAAUGAGCUCAUAAACUGCAAGUUUGACAUGUCUGGUUAUCUGCGGGAAUACCAAGAGCUGUUAAAUGUGAAGAUGGCUUUGGAUGUGGAGAUUCUUUCGUACAGGAAACUACUCUGCGGCGAGGAGGCUCGCCUGUCCUCGAUAUCCGACUCCCACAUCUCUCUGCCCUACAUCUACCACCAGUCCCCCAUUUACACCCUGCCCUGCCUCAGCAGACCGGGAGGAACGUACAGACGAGCUGAGCCCCAUUACAAGUUUGUAGAGGAGAUCAUAACGGAGACCACCAGGGAAAUAGAAAUGUCUGAAUUUGAGGAGACGGGGUCAGAGGAGACAGAGGGGGGAAGGGAUGAGCAGGAGCGUGUCAAAAGGGAUAGAGGGAGCAGUGAGGAGGAAGAGGGUGGUAAUAAAGACGGUGGAGAGGAAGAUGGUGAGCAGGUGCCUGAUAGUGAGCAGGCUCAAGAAGGAGAUUUAGUCAAUGGAGGUGAUGAGGAGGGUCCUGUGGAGGUGGACGAUAGUGGGAAAAGGAAAACUAAAGAAGAGAUGGAGGAGACAGUAGUAACAGUAACAGAUAAUAAGGUGGACUGUAGCAUAGAAAAUAUUUCAGUAGGCAAUGAUGUAUCAAGUGAGAGGAUGGAUGAGGAAGAAAAGGAGCAUCAAAAAGUAGUUGAAAUCCCAAAAGAGGAAAAAGACGCUGCAGUUCACAAAGAUCUCCCUUCUCCACCGGAGGAUCUAAAGUCGGAGGUCGUGGCAGGAGAGAAAAAAUCUGAUGACGGUAAAAAGGUUGACGCUGAGAGAGAGCAGGUGACGAAACCUGUGGAUGAAAACUCGGCCGAAGUGUCUACAGAAUCAGACACAACUCAAGAGCUAAGCAACGUCGCUCAAGUGAAGGACAAUGGCCCCCACUUCAGCUUCAGAAACGCUGAGAAAACCACAAAGAGCACUGUGCAUGAAGAAACCCAGGAUACUUCAAAACAGUCUCCAGCAUCUGCAAGUACUACCAACAAAAUUGAUGAAAAGAAAAACAGUCAAACAGAGUUUAAGGAAAGCACUCAAUCCAAAGCUGCAGAAGUUGACGAUGGCGUAGCAAAAAGCAUUCAAGGUGCCAGCGAUAGGAGCAAUAAAGGUCAAGUCAAAGAAUCAGAUGUGAACAGUCUUCCUGACGAGGAGGAUAAGAAACCAGACAGUGCAGUUCAAAGUGUUUUACCAAAGGAGAAAUCAAAUGAAGAUAUGAAAGAGUUAGAUCAGGGCGCAGCAGAACGCAGCCAGAAUGAGACAUCAAAGCAGACUGAAGUUUCAGAGAAAAGGGACGAGCCUCAAGGUAAACCUGAGAAGAUGGAGAGUAGUAAAACAGUCACAUAAGAGGGUAAACAAAGGCUACAUAGAGAGGGGUGAGCUGAGAUAGAGGAUGCGAAAUGGCACGAGGGACAGUGAAGCUGCACUAAGUGAAUGGCUUAUCUUAGGAAAGAGCAAAUUCAACACAUGAGCAAUAAGAAGAGAGUUCUCUAAAGGACGACUUGUGUUAAAAGAGAGCAUGAAUCUAAAAAUGUUUGCAGCAGUUUUGCCUUUGAACUUCAACACGACUUGUGAUGUACAAAGAACCUGUGACUCCCCUUCUACAGAAUGUAGACAUGAAUGUAAAGAGUCAAAGUGUCAUUUGAUUGUUUGCUAUGCUACCGUAUGAGA